AUGCGCGUCCACAUCCCUCUGAGCAUGGCGUCUCUACCCGAAUUCGUGUCAGUUGUGCGGUCCAAGAUCGUGGAAUGGAAUGUGGUAUCCAGCUCGACAUCCUGGAUGCAGUACAUAUCGUGGGGCUUCUUGAUACUGGCGCUGUCCUUCUUCCUCCCACUCGUUGCCCUGAUAUGCUUCGACUUCCUCCUCUGGAUCUGGCGCCUGAUCCGCCCGCCCGUCACGGCCAACCCGUCACGGAGACGAAGACGCGAAUCACUCAAGCACCCAGUUACCACGUCCUAG